AUGCUGAUGUACCCUGACGCCGUGAUGGAGUUCAUGAGACGAGCCCACCAAGCGAAACUGACCAAUGGCGACAACGCCUUUGUGGCCAUUGACUUUGCCGGGACACACAACCAAAGCGAGCUGAUGAAGGCCACCUUUCUAAACGGUAUGAUGGACAUCACUUAUGACGUAGUUCCAGAGCGUCCAGAGUUCAAGAACUUCCUGGCCAGUAUCCUACCGGAAGUUAACUACGGCAUCAACCCACUACUGCUGUCUGACGCCAUGUUUUUAGUGGCGACUGCCUUCAACACAAGUCUCAGUCUGGGAAUUCCCUUAACUCAAGGAGCUUUUGUCUUAAGUCAAGACUAUGCGACUGGCAUGUCGGGUUUGGUAAACCCCAUUGACCUCGACGCAACAGGGUCAAGGAAAGGUCAAUUCAUGCUCCACAACAUACAAGAUGGUUGCUAUGUUCCUGUGGCUAGGUCGUCAGUCAACUGGUCGUCGCCCCUGUUUCUACCCAACCACGUGAUCUGGCCAGGAGGGUCAAGGACGCCACCGUCUGGCAAGAAGGCGUGCGGCUGGAACAACGAGUUCUGUCCCCUGAAGGACGACAGCCAUUUUGUGGUCACACUGGGAUCAACUAUUGGCACCGUGGCUCUACUUCUGCUGAUGGUUGUUGGUCUACUUGGGUUUUUCUACUGGAAGAGGUUGAUGCGGACUGCUUUAUCAAGAAAAAGCAUCACUUCCGGUGCUACAAGUAUGACGUCACGGCUAGACCACCCUGACCACUACCACUGUCCAGUUGUGCUGAUGGACGUGGAGGGCGUGUGGAGCGUCAAGUUCAUCCAGAAGACCAGCGUCCACGUGACCAGUGCCAUCAAGAGAGAGUUAAACAUGGUGCGGAGUCUGAAGCACCAGAACAUCAACACGUUUGUUGGAGCUUGUCUGCAGCCAGAGCACGUCUGCUUGGUCUGGUCCUACAGCUCUAAGGGGAGUCUCAUGGACCUCAUACACUCGGGCAACUUUCAGAUGGAAUUUAUUUUUCAGUUGUCUUUUGCUCAGGAUAUUGCUAGGGGUCUGGCCUACUUACAUAACUCUGAUCUUACCGUCCAUGGACGGCUGAAAUCUUCCAACGUGCUGGUGGACAGUGGUCUGGUGUGUAAACUCACGGACAUUGACACGCCCAGGUUUAGAGAAGGGGAGACAACAAUCUUAACAGAAGCAGACCCGGAGUUAUGGUUCCAACAAGUAUGGACGGCACCAGAACACCUGAGGACUGCCCCAAGACCUGGAACCCAGAAAGGUGACAUCUACGCCUAUGGGAUAAUUCUCUACGAGAUUUUCUUCAAGAGGAAACCUUACUGUACUGAGGACCAUCUUAAGACGGGACGGGAGCCGGAUUGGAAAGAGGUGAUCAACUUUGUGAGACACCCAGAGAAGUUUGCUGAGCUUCAAGACAACCGACACGAUUCCGUCUUCACCGCGAGUAACAUCAACAGCCAGUCAGAACAUGCGUACCCCUACGAAGACUUUGAAUCGGGCAGACACAGUGUGUGGAGCGGCAGGGAGAAACACCUAAUGCAAGACAAAAGUGCGAAGAAACUAAAAUUUAACUCAGUUUUUCCAUUAAAGACACUCAGUCCCUCAAACAACAAGCACGGUUUUCAAAUUUGUUGGAACAAGAGAGUGGUUCCCCCUGACCCUGGUGCUGAAAGCGAGGCUUCCCCGGCUAGACACACCGCUUCCGGUCGCUGUGUCUUCCGACCGGAAAUUCCACAGCCAGGAAACUUCUCUAAAAAUGAUAGUUACAACGAGGGCCAAUCAAACCAUUUCUUAGAUGUACCGCGAAGCAACUUUAGCUUUAAUCAAGACGCUGUAUCAAAGGCGAACGAUCAGGAGGUGCGAAUGGUCAAGCUGAUGUGUGCAUGUUGGUCAGAAGAUCCGAACACGAGACCCACGGCAGAAGAGAUUGUCAGAAGAUUUGGACAUUGGACGAAAGGGGGGUCAGUCUCAGACAAGAUCGAACAGAUCAUGCACAAGUACGGCGAGCAGCUGGAGCAGACGGUCAAGGAGAGGACACGGAGGCUGGAGGAGGAGAAGGUCAAGUACUUGAGGGUCCUCUGUGAGGUCAUCCCUCAAAAAUACAUCAACUUGCUGGUCUCUGGUGAGAAGGUUCCAGCCGAAUCUUUCCCCAACGUCAGCAUCUUCUUCAGCGACAUCGUGGGCUUCACCACCAUCUGUGGGAUGGUCUCACCGCAAGAGGUCCUGAACUUUCUCAAUGACCUGUACACGAGAUUUGAUCUGGUACUCAACAGCUACCAGGUGUACAAGGUGGAGACUAUCGGCGAUGCCUACAUGGUGGCCGCGGGAAUUCCCGAACAAAUCCCGAACCACGCAGAACAGAUCGCACACAUGGCGCUAAAUCUGUUGAGUAUAAGUGUCGAUGUCAGGGCUCCGUAUGUGGACUCUACAGGUGUCAAGUCUAGCCAGUCUCUGAAGUUGAGGAUUGGCUUGAACUCAGGUCCUGUAGUUGCUGGCAUCGUGGGUGAGAAAAUGCCGAGGUACUGCCUGUAUGGCGACACGGUCAACAUCGCCUCAAGGAUGGAAUCUAAUGGUCAACCGCUACGGAUCCACUUGAGUGAGGCGAUAAAGAGAGAGCUUGAUGCGGCUGGAGGGUUUCAUAUGACUUACCGAGGGCUCAUUUCCAUUAAGGGUAAAGACACGCCCAUCCCCACCUAUUGGCUGGAGGACUGCAGACACCACGCCUUUGUCCAGCCUGAUUGGAGAGCAUGUGAGAGGGAGGGGGUGCUAUAGACGGGAGAGGACAUGAAAGGUAGAGGACAUGAAAGAUGGAGGACGUGCAAGGUAGAGGACAUGAAGCGUAGACAUGAAGGGUAGAGGACAUGCAAGUUAGAGGACAUUAAAGAUGGAGGACAUGCAAGGUGAAGGACAAGCAAGGUAGAGGACAUGUAGCGUAGAGGACAUGAAAAAUGGAGGAC